CCUGCGCCAGUUCGUGUUGCUGCUAGGCGUGUUUUGACGCCGCCCGCCCCUUUCCCAAAAUUAAAAUUACCAAGAGUUCAUUCACUUAGUCUCAAUCACAGGUAACUUCAUCUCUCGCCAUUGACGCCUUUACAUCGCGGAGAAGAGCUUGUUUUGAAAAAGAAAUAAAAGUUUUGUGAGAAUGAACAGAUAUAUAUAGAGAAAGUAAAAAAUGAAUACUCGCUUUGUGGAAAAUAUAUUUGCCCCACUAAUGUGAAGUACAUCUGAAUGCUUUUGAAACGCGACAACUUGUUACGUGUUGAUGUUAGUAACGUGCUUUUGGUACGUUGGGAAGUUUUGACAGUACUGUAUUUGCUUUUUUAUUCUGUGACUAUUACCGGUAAUCUGCUUCACGUUUCAAUGGAGUUAACGAAAUGCACGUGCAUUUUUACUUUCAUACAAUCACGACUGCCAUGUGUGAAUGUGUGUAAAAUGUGUGUGAACAUUAGAGGAGUCAUCAGCGCAAGUGAAUUUCGUCUCGAACGUCGUCGACGCUUCGCGACAUUUCUUCCCCAUCGUCAAGUAAAGGGUACGUCAGUAACGGACCUACCGCGAGUUCGCCUUCAAAUUAAAGGUACACACGUUUGCGCCCAACUAUACGAGCAGUGUAAAAAUGCACCAUAAGGACAAAUGCGAACUUAAGUCGUUUCUAAUGACUGAUCGAUAUCGGUUAGACGCGUAUUUUUUAAGUCUACUGUUGUGUCUGGCUGAAAUCAUCAACACGAUGCUUUUUGUAUGCAAAGUAUAAUCAACACUGCUAGCUGUUAAAUAUGACUAACUUGACGCGAAGUACUCCUCCUGCGAGCCCCCACAGCAGUUGUUGACAGAUAAGGGAAGAUUAUGUGGAGUGGAGCGGGGCAACAGUGUGAAUCAACGUGUCUGUGACAACGUGAUCUACACAACAAUAGCGUCAUCGGUGCAGUCGACAAUUGGAGCCCCCUGGCUUCUUUAGCCACAAUGCUGUGUUGGGGCAAUGCCUCCUAUGGCCAGCUCGGUUUGGGGGGCAUUGAUGAAGAGAUAGUAGUAGAGCCAAGGAAAUGUGACUUCUUCCACGCGAAGCGAGUGCGCGAUGUAGGCUGCGGACGCAAGCACACAGCCUUCGUGCUGGAGGAUGGCACAGUAUACACAUGUGGCUGCAAUGAUCUUGGUCAACUGGGCCAUGAGAAGUCCCGGAAGAAACCAGAGCAGGUUGUGGCUCUGGAUGCUCAGAUCAUCAUUGCAGUGUCUUGUGGAGAGUCGCAUACACUUGCCUUGAAUGACAGCGGGCAGGUUUUCUCAUGGGGCCUUGGCUCAGAUGGGCAGCUGGGCUUAAACAACUUUGAAGAAUGUGUUCGUGUGCCUAGAAACAUCAAGACUUUGACUGAUGUUCAAAUCACUCAGGUAGCCUGCGGGUACUGGCACUCACUAGCACUUUCAAAAGGGAGCCAGGUUUUCUCCUGGGGUCAAAAUCGAUAUGGACAACUCGGUCUUGGAGUAAACGGGCAAAGCAUUUCAACCCCUCAAAUCAUUCAGUCUCUGCUGGGCAUUCCUUUUGCUCAGAUAUCAGCAGGUGGCGCUCACAGUUUCACCCUCACCCUCUCUGGAGCUGUGUUUGGUUGGGGCCGUAACAAGUUUGGUCAGCUUGGUCUCAGUGACAGCAAUGACCGGUGUUUUCCAACCCUGCUGAAGUCACUUAGAUCGCAGAGAGUAAUUUUUGUCUCCUGUGGAGAAGAUCACACAGCAGCCCUGACCAAGUUAAGGGGUGUCUUUACAUUCGGAGCAGGAGGAUAUGGUCAGCUGGGGCACAACGCCACAACUCAUGAAAUCAACCCGAGGAAAGUGUUUGAGCUCAUGGGAAAUGUAGUCACACAGAUUGCAUGUGGAAGGCAGCACACACUGGCUUUCACACCCUCAUGCGGAAAGAUGGACUCGUUUGGUCUUGGUGGAAAUGGACAGCUUGGUACACGCUCCAGCUGCAACAGGAAAACCCCGGGCCCCGUCAAGGGUCCCUGGAUACACUCUGUUGAUUCAGAUGAUCAAGUCAUGAAUCAGAACUGUUGUAUCAAGAAGAUUUAUGCUGGAGGAGACCAAAGCUUUGCUCACUAUUGUAAUACCAACGGCCUGCAAAACAUUGAUCAUGUGACGACAGCAGAUGCCCAGCGAAGACUUUGUACUGUGAAUGAGGAAACCAUCCAAAGAUGGCUGAACCAUUCGCCCGGAAGAGUCCCGCAAGAAAUCUCCAAUGAGAUUGACCUGGUGUUCUCAACUGCGAGCUGCCUCAACGGGUCCUUUUUGUCUGUGAGUCAUCCAGAUCACUACAGCACCAGCAGUAAAUGUUCAGGGAUCGAUAUGAACAUGGCCCGUCUCCUGUUUCACAGACUGAUUACACCAGACUACCCUGAGAUUGCCCAACAGAUUGCUGCAAGUAUGGAGAAGAAUCUAAUCCCCCGACUAAGCAACUCCCCUCCAGACAUAGAAGCACUGAGGCUCUACCUCACGCUUCCAGAAUGCCCUCUCUUCAGUGAUCCGAACAAUUACGUGACUAUCUCCAUCCCAUUUGCCAAAUCACUGCUCAGCCUGAAAGAAGCGCCGCUUAAAGUGCUAGGAAACUGGUGGUCCACGUUUGAGCCCCAAGUCUUCCAACGGCUGGUCGAGGUGUACAAAGGAGUGGUGGUGUACCUGCUCCAGAUGCACAAGGUCGGAAUCCCAUCGACAGAGCAAAGAAUUUUCACCAGUUUUUUGGACACGUCACUUCAGCUGCUCGAGAUCCUUCACUUGGUGAAUGAGCGAGGCGGACACAUUAUACAGUAUGACAAAUUCUACAUUCAUGAGUUGGAUGACUUGAUCGACAUCAGAAAUGACUACAUCACUUGGAUUCAGAGACAAAUGUACCCAGGGGGUCAUGAUGGCGUGGUGACUAUGUGCAGGUAUCCCUUUGUAUUUGAUGCCCCGGCAAAGACCACUCUGCUUCAGACUGAUGCGGUCUUACAAAUGCAGAUGGCAGUGGAUCAGGCUCAAAUGCAAAACUUGAGUUCCAUGUUCCUGCCUGCUGUGGAAUCUGUAAACCCAUGCCUCAUCCUCAUCGUCCGGAGGGAAAAUAUAGUUGGAGACACAAUGGAAGUUCUCAGGAAGUCAAAGAAUGUCGACUACAAGAAGCCGCUGAAGGUUGUCUUUGUGGGAGAAGAGGCAGUCGAUGCAGGAGGUGUAAGAAAAGAGUUCUUCCUCCUGAUUAUGAAAGAGCUGUUGGAUCCAAAGUAUGGGAUGUUCCGUUACCAUGAGGAAUCCAGGCUCCUGUGGUUUUCAAGCAAGACUUUUGAGGACAUCGAAUUGUUUAGCCUCAUCGGAGUCAUAUGCGGUCUCGCCAUCUACAACCUCACCAUUGUGGAGCUCAACUUCCCAGUGGCCUUGUACAAGAAGCUUCUGAAGAGGAAUGCCACGUUAGAUGACCUGAAGGAGCUCAUGCCAGAUGUGGGAAGGAGUCUCCAGCUGUUACUCGACUACCCCGAGGAUGACCUUGAGGAAACCUUCUGCUUGAACUUCACAAUCACAGAGGAAAACUACGGUGCUACAGAGGUGUUGGAACUCAUACCAAAUGGUGAAAACAUUAACGUGAAUAAAUCCAACCGGCAGGACUUUGUCAACGCAUACGUAGACCAUACAUUCAACACCUCAGUCGCCCCACUAUUUGAAUGCUUCUAUGCAGGCUUCCACAAGGUUUGUGGAGGCAAAGUUCUGGAGCUGUUCCAGCCCAAUGAACUGCAAGCCAUGGUGAUUGGCAACACCAACUAUGACUGGACUGAACUUGAAAAGAGCACUGAAUACAAGGGAGAGUACUGGGCAGACCAUCCCACCAUUAAGCUCUUCUGGGCAGUGUUCCACAACCUUCCUUUAGAGAAGAAAAAAGAGUUUCUCUUGUUCCUCACAGGAAGUGAUCGCAUACCCAUCUUGGGCAUGAAAAGCCUUAAACUAGUGAUCCAGCCGACCAGUGGGGGAGAACAUUAUUUGCCCGUCGCCCACACGUGCUUCAACUUGUUGGACCUGCCCAAAUACACCAAUGCAGAAACACUGCGUGAGAAGCUUCUUCAAGCUAUAGAUCAUAAUCAAGGCUUUAAUCUUGCAUGAGGUCACUUUGAAAGGUCCAAAUGUCCGCAUUUCGGGCCAUGUCAGCAUUUUGUGUUUCUUGGGAUUUUUUUUCCAGCUUUUCACAGCCCUAAUAGGUAUUUUGUUAAGUAAAACAACUACUAGAAGGGGACCUAUAGUACAUUUGACAUUGCAGUUAUGUGCAUUCGAUGUUUGGAUAUGGCAAGUACAAGGAGGUAGUGUUACAAUACAUGCAAGAUUUUUUUUACACAGUACAUGCAACUGAGAGCACUACCUUCUUGACAACUGAAAUCCAAUUCUGCAAAAAUACUUUCUUGAACAUGGACUAUAAAUUGACCAGAUUUAAACAAAACACUUGCUUCCAAGUGUUCUGAACAAAACCUGCUUGUUUCGGGGUAGCUGGGAUGAUAAAAAUCUCACUUUUACAAGAGCGAACACAGUCCGCCCCCUUCUGCAUGAAAUGUGUGCUUUAGAAAUGACUAACCUGUGUUUCACGUAAAUUCGAUUGUGAUCAUGGAUACAGAACUGUACAAAACAUUUGCUUGGAGUGCAACGUCUUGGCUUUGAAGAUGAAAUAAAAUGCUGGUCAUUGUCAGGA